GUGGGACGGCGGCGGGAUGUUCAGCUGGCUGGGGAAGCAGGGCGGCGGGCGGGAGCGCGGCGGCGGCACCGACGUGGUGCAGACGGUGACGGGCGGGCUGCGGGACCUGUACCUCCGCAAGCUGCUGCCGCUGGAGGAGCACUACCGCUUCCAUGAGUUCCACUCGCCCGCCCUGGAGGAGGCCGACUUCGAGAACAAGCCCAUGGUGCUGCUGGUGGGGCAGUAUAGCACCGGCAAGACCACCUUCAUCCGAUACCUGCUCGAGCAAGACUUUCCAGGCAUGCGGAUUGGGCCAGAGCCUACCACCGAUUCCUUUAUUGCUGUAAUGUAUGGAGAAACAGAAGGAAAUGUUCCUGGAAAUGCCCUAGUUGUUGAUCCUAAGAAGCCAUUCCGGAAACUCGGCCGCUUUGGAAAUGCUUUCCUGAACAGGUUCAUGUGUUCUCAGCUACCAAACGAGGUCCUGAAGAGCAUCAGUAUCAUUGACAGCCCUGGCAUCCUCUCUGGAGAGAAGCAGCGCAUCAGCAGAGGUUAUGACUUCUGCCAAGUUCUCCAGUGGUUUGCUGAGAGGGUUGACCGAAUCAUCCUCCUUUUUGAUGCCCAUAAGCUGGAUAUAUCUGAUGAGUUUUCAGAGGCCAUUAAGGCAUUCCGGGGCCAGGAUGACAAGAUUCGAGUGGUGCUUAAUAAGGCUGACCAAGUGGACACGCAGCAGCUGAUGAGGGUCUACGGUGCUCUGAUGUGGUCCCUGGGAAAGGUGAUCGACACGCCAGAGGUCCUGCGGGUCUACAUCGGCUCCUUCUGGGCCCAUCCUCUCCGAAACACAGACAAUCGAAGACUCUUUGAAGCCGAGGCACAGGAUCUUUUCAGGGAUAUCCAGAGUCUCCCGCAGAAGGCUGCUGUGAGGAAACUCAAUGAUCUCAUUAAAAGGGCAAGGCUUGCAAAGGUUCAUGCUUAUAUCAUCAGCUAUCUGAAAAAAGAGAUGCCCUCUGUAUUUGGGAAGGAGAACAAGAAGAAGGAACUAAUCAACAAGUUGCCAGAGAUCUACAUCCAGCUGCAAAGGGAAUACCAUAUCUCAGCAGGGGACUUCCCUGAAGUCAAGAAAAUGCAGGAGCAGUUGGAGAAUUGUGACUUCACUAAAUUUCAUUCUUUGAAACCAAAGCUAAUUGAAGCUGUGGAUAACAUGCUGGCCAACAAAAUUGCCUCCCUGAUGAACCUAAUCAGACAGGAAGAGAACAACAUGCCCACAGAGAUGGUACACGGUGGAGCAUUUGAUGGCACCAUGGCAGGACCUUUUGGCCAUGGAUACGGGGAAGGUGCUAAGGAAGGAGCUGAUGAAGAGGAGUGGGUUGUUGCCAAAGAUAAACCUGCUUACGAUGAGAUUUUCUACACUCUGUCACCAAUCAAUGGCAAAAUAUCUGGGAUUAGUGCAAAGAAGGAGAUGGUGACUUCUAAACUACCCAACAGCGUCUUGGGCAAGAUCUGGAAACUUGCAGACUGUGAUGGCGAUGGGAUGUUGGAUGAUGAAGAGUUUGCAUUAGCAAAACAUCUCAUCAAGAUUAAACUGGAUGGAUAUGAACUGCCUGGCACGCUACCUUCCCACCUGGUGCCACCAUCUCACAGGAAACCUUUCCAGACAGCAGAAUGAACAAUACAAGGAGAAGAAUGAGGAUUUUGAAAAUCCCACAGGAAAGGUGUGGAAAACACCAAAAUUUGAAGUUAAGCUUAGAUCCUUUAACCUCACAGCACAUUUCAUGCAAGCUACUGAAGUUACAAGCAUGGCAGCAGGGAAACAUUUGUAUCACUGUCCCUUCUGACCUUCACUCAGACAUGCUUAUCACAAGUGCCUUAUAAUAGCUCUGUCAUAAGGUGAAAAUGAUGUUGUACUCCUGUGUCCACAUCUCACUGCCUUUACAACCAUAAAACAGAAAAUGUCAUGUAUAAAAGUUGCUGACCUUCACCAAACCUAAAUACUGAUCAACCUUAAGUGUCUCCAAACUAUCCUAAAUAGCACACUGAAGCUCAAAAUGUUAAAUUCACCUGCCUAUGCAAGGUAUAUUUAAAUGCUAGAAAUGUACUUAAGCCAUUCAGUGAAUGCCAGCAUCUCUAUAUAAUCAAAGAAAAGGCUGAUAUAAAAGGAAUUUCUUUUUUUCCUUUUAUUAUUUAAUUAGAUUUAGAAAAAAGUAGAAGAGUGAUGAGGAGAGUCUUGUAUAUGCUCAGAAUUUGGGCAAGCUUUAAAAGUUUUAAAACUUUUGAUUCUACCUAGAACUGCAAAACACUAAAAUUACUUUUUUGAUCUGUCAUUGUGUCUUAUCUGAAGAGCAGCUUCUUCAGUUUUACACAGCACUAUGCAUUCAGUGUUAUCAUUAGAAGACCUGAGAUCUGCUUUGUUCCUUGGAUUUAUAAUUUCCUUUGCGGUUUAAGCUUAGCUUCUCUGCAGACAAUGAAUUUCUGAAUGGUUCAAAGUGACAGCGGAAUGGUUUCUUAAGCUAAAAAAGAACCCCAUGUUUGCAUUGAAAUUAAGCUGCACUUUCUAUUCAGAAAAAGUGUAUUGCUCAAAGUCAGCCUUUUCAAAGCACGUUAGAUUGUCUCAGGAUAUUUUCCUUGGUAUUUAAUUUCUAUUUACAGCUAAUUAUACAGUUAUGUCUGUGUAUUUUUUAAUAUAUAUUUAAGAGAAGUUUUUAAUUCUUUUGCCAACAUGUGGUCGACAACCACAAAAGAGAGAUUCAAUUCCCAUGGCAGCAGAUUUGAAGGAUGGGGAGGCUAACAGGAACUGUUACAUUGAUUGUAAUAAAUGAUAGACUCAUUCCCUCAAAUAUUACUCCUUUAUUGAAAACAAUCCAUUAAAGGAAUGGAUGCUUAAUAAACAUUUAUUUUCCAGCAACACACAAUCAAAAUUGAACAUACUGUCUACUUACAACUGAUGGUUAUCAGUACCUUAAAAGAAGGCAAGUCUUUGGCCCUGUGAACUUGUGUCUUCCAGGGAGGGCCAGUUCUUUCCUAAAAUCAAAUUUGGCAGUCAGUUCUGGUCUGUGUGUAUGAGCAGGAAUUGAUUCGUAUUCCAUUUGUCAUAGGAAAGACCCUACACAUCAAAGGUACUGUAGUUUUGAGCACUUUUUUUGUUAAGUCUCAGUAAGUGGCAGCGGUAAUGCCUUCUGAGACAGAGCAAGCCAAAAAGUGCUUUAACAUCCUUGUAAUAGGGGUGGGGAGGGAAAUAGUUCGGGUAUUGUCUCCCAGUUAAGGUUUCAGUCACACUUCCGUGUUCAGUUUUGUGGGUUAUCCAAGAAAAGCCUCAGCUUCUUUUUUUCAAAUCAUAUAUUUGUAGGUUGUCAGGUUUAAUACUUCACAUCUUUCUGGACCUCUCAUCUUUCCACAUCUGUUCUAUUCUGAGGUGCAAUUUCCAUGAACUUUGUCAGGGCUCUUCCAUAGGACAACAAUGAUGCUAUUUUAAGUAAUGGCAGAACAUCACCUUUACCUUGCCAGGUUUCUGGGCCUGUAUCAAGGAUGUCCUGACAUAGUUAAAUUGUUCUAAGGACUUCAUUUUUUUAUUUUUUUUUUUUAAUUCUUAGGUGGUUUUCCUGUCAUUCAAGCAUACCAGCUUUAUUUCUGUUAGACCUAAAUUAGGAGCCAAAUUAACCUUAGUGCAUCUCUGUGCACUUCAGUAGAGCUGUGAAACUUGAUGCUGCGCCUACCUGUGUGACUGUACAUCUGCAGAGUAACUAUUUUCUAUGGAAUUAAUUUUUGAUUGAACAAAAAUUAGUCUAUGGAGAUUGCAAGUGUUAAGAAAAAGAAAAAGGCUGCAGAAUUAGUACUGUGUGUUUGUUUGUGGGUAGUGUCUGCAGUCAAUACCACUUUAUACACUACUGACCAGCUUAGUACUAGAGACUAGCUUAAUCAGGAAAGCCACCAGGAGAAAGAAUGCAAGCUCCUGUAUUGUGACUACUGUAGUAUAGGAUCUAGGAAGGAUCUGUAGUGAGAGGAUCUAGGAAGCUGCUGAUCUUCUGACUCUGCCUUACCUCGCUUUGCAGGAGCACAGGGCUGCAGGGGUGGACUCCUGCCAGAGUUCCCACCACAUGUAGCUUCCAGGGGUGAUGCUCCAGACACAUUGGAGCCAUGUGAUCCCAUGCCAUUAGAAAUAUCGUCCUUCAGCGAGAAGAGCAGGAUAGUUUCAGUGGCUUUAUUUGGUUUUUCUAGUUUUGUUGAGAGCACAGCCUUUUCCUCAGUCUCUGUGACAAUAUGCUAACUUGGUCUUAAGGCAGACAAAUUGAAAUACAUCAUGGUGAUAAGUUAAAAUAUUUUGCUUAGAUGGGGUUGUAGUAUUUUGCUUUGUGUUCCUGUAGAAUUUGAAGGAUGAAUGCAUGAAGCAUGUAUAGAAGUAGAGGUGGAUUUUCUCUGGCUGUCUGGAGAAAUAGAAGUGUUUUGUGGUCAGAUCCACAGCUACAUAAAUGUAUUUAUUUCUAGGUAUGUGUUACAGUGAACUAGCAUCACUCUUAGAUGAUAGGAAUAAAGUACAUUUCAUGUGAACUUUAAACAGAAAUUUCUUGCACAACUAAACUGAUGGAGUAGGUUGCUGCUGUUCAGGAGAGUGGAUGCUGUUCAGGAGAGGGGAUGAAGAAAGGAUGAGGAUGUUGGAUUGAUCAGACAUUUUAUCCCUAGGAUUAAAAUAACAUUUUCUGUAAGAUCAUUCAAAGCUAUCUGUAAUUCAUCCUGUAGAAUCUGUGCCCACUGUCUUAAACUAAAGUACUGUCUUAAAGACUCUCUUAAACUAAAGUAGAAACUGAUGCUUUUAUCUUUUCUCCAACUAUUCUACGACCCAGUUUUAAUUUGUGACCCUAGUUCUAUUCCUUCAGAAAUUAGGAGUUUUUGUUGUAGAUUGCAAAAGAAAAUGUGGGGUUAUGGUUCAUAACCACAAUACAGGACAUUGAGAGACUUAAAAGCUGUGACAGCUUGAAACUGGAGAGUUUAAAAAGAUUUUUAAGUCAGGGUGAGGUCCCAGUUGUUAAUUGGGUGUGGUGUGGAUUUGUGUGGAACAUGUUCUCAAAGCAGCAGGUAUGUGGUCCCUGGCUUUCAACAUUGUUUAUUGCCAGCACUUGAAAUGCACCCUCUUUUUUCUUUCUGUCACUUCCUUCCCUUCACAAUGUGCACUCAUUUUGGUGGCUCUUUAAAUUGUUGGAUCUCAAGCAGAGUUUGAGGUGUAUGGUUUGAUGGAUAUGUGUAACUUAGCACUGAGAAAAUGAUCAUGAACUUAAUUUUCCAUUUCACAUGCUCACCUUUUCUAAUAUUUUUGUUAAACACUGUUUUCACUUAAAAGGCACUCUGAUUUUUGAGGAAAGGUUUGAUCUGUUCAGUGUGCUUCAGUUUGUCCAGCUAGGCAAACAAAGUUGUAAGUUCAUUAUUGUUGCACUUUCAUUACACAGUAAAUUCUUUGCAGAUACUGUAAUAUAUUUUAAUAUGCUUUGUAAUCAUUUUUAGAAAGCAGUGUUUAAAAUUGCUGAUUUAAUAAACUAAUAUUGAACUACCUGA